AUGGGGGCUCCAUGCACUUUCAACCAUCUCGGCUUCGUCGCCUCUCAGUCGAAUGUGUCCCUCUUCAUCUAUCGACACGACACCGACCUCGCGUACCUCUUAUUGUACGUCGACGACAUCAUUCUCACUGCCUCGACGCCGCAGCUGCUCAAGCACAUCACCGGCCUUCUACAUCGAGAGUUCUCUAUGACGGAUCUCGGGGCUCUCUCUUAUUUCCUCGGGAUUUCUGUCACACGGAUGUCAAGUGGGAUGCUACUUUCUCAGCGUCAGUAUGCUGCUGCUGAUCUUCUCCAACGCGCCGGCAUGCUCGACUGCAACCCCAGUGUCACUCCUAUUGACACGCGUUGCAAGCUCUCCGCUGAUGAGGGCCCUCUUCUGGCUGAUCGUACGGAGUACCGCAGCUUUGCAGGGGCUCUACAGUAUCUCACCCUGACUCGCCCCGAUAUUGCUCAUGCGGUUCAGAAGGCCUGUCUGUACAUGCAUGCACCUCGCGAGCCUCAUCUCAACUUGGUCAAGAGGAUACUUCGCUACAUCAAGGGUUCUCUUGAUCUUGGGCUACGUCUUCAUGCGACGCCAGCAUCUACUCUCACGGCCUACUCUGACGCCGAUUGGGCCGGUUGCCCGGACACACGGCGUUCCACUUCGGGCUACUGUGUAUACCUUGGCGACAAUCUGGUCUCGUGGUCCUCCAAGCGACAAGCUACAGUUUCCCGCUCCAGCGCUGAGGCGGAAUAUCGCGUUGUUGCUCAUGCUGUCGUCGAGUGUUGUUGGAUCCAACAGUUGGUUCAGGAGCUUCAUCACCCCCUCCACUCAGCCACCGUUGUCUUUUGUGACAAUGUCAGUGCAGUCACCAUGGCAUCGAACCCGGUUCAGCACAGCCGUACUAAGCAUAUCAAUAUCGACAUCCACUUUGUCAGGGAGAAGGUGUGUCUCGGUCAGAUACGGGUUCUCCAUGUCCCCUCCUCGCUGCAGUUCGCCGACAUCAUGACCAAAGGGCUCCCCUCGCAGCUCUUCUUGGACUUCCGGUACAGUCUAUGCGUUCGUCCGCCCGACGCACUGACUGCGGCGGGAUGUUAG